AUGUCUUCGAUUGGUCAGGGAAUAUCGAAUGUUAAUGUUUCUUCGUCUAAUUCAGAUCAUUUGGCUGUUCGACUUGACUUAAUUGGUCAAGAUCUUGCAUCAAUUCAAUUUGCUGGGAUUGGUAAACCUUUUUCUAUCGAUCGAGAGAAAGGGGUUUUUCUAGAUUCUUCGAAACUGGUGAGUACUUUCACCUACUUGCCCGGAGUUGUGCGAGAAUCUGAAAAGCUUCUAGUGUCUGCGAUAAGUGGUACUAAAGUAGCAAAAAGAGUGAUAUAUAACAACAGUGAACCAGGAAUGUACUGGUCAGCAGAGGAAACUCAGGAUUUGUCUGCUAAGUUUGAUCAGACUCUAAUUGGAAAUUGUGUGUAUGGGAAACCAUCGCUGGGAGCAAAAUGGGGAGAGAAGAUGGAGAAAGGUAAGGGUGUUGUGGUUGAUGUGGAGAAGUUGGCUAGUGUUGUGAAAGAUAAUAAUCCUGGAAAUGGCCGAAAAAAUAAUAAGGGGAAGAAUGUGUUGCAAGAGGGGCAAAAAGUGAAACAAAGGAAGGAAUUCAGGCAAAAGACUAUUGAAACAAAUCAAGAUUUGGGGAACAUAUUUUUUGUCUUAAUGGAUGCAAAUGGGGAUCAACUGCAGAAUGGGGGAUUUGUGGAAUGUCCUGAUAAGGGACAAUGUAGUUUGCAAAAUCCUUUGUCUGAGGGGAUGGACCAAGCUAGCUGGUGUUUGGAAAAGGGAAAAGGUGUUUCGCUGGAGCAGAUUGGGUUAAUUGUUGUGGAGGUGUUGGUGCCUUCCAGGGAUGAUGAGGUAAGUAAGAAGGGGGUUAUGAUGGAGGGUAAUGGGUGUAGUCAUGAGGUAAAUAUGGCUAUUAAUGUGGAGGAAGAGAGUGUUGUGGAUUUGUCAGUACAGUUGCAACAAGGAGAUGAUGAGUUGAAUUAUGAGGCUCUAAAUGUUGGGAAUAAGAAAAUAGUUCAGAAUAUGAAGGGUGAUCUUCGUGAUGACCAAUCCACUUCCAUGGUGUUAAGGGAGCUGCCAAUGGAGGGUCAGGAAUGA